AUGACAGAUGUAUGUCAUUAUUCAGAAAGCUUUGUAACGAAAGGUCUCAAUUUCAUUUUAACUAACAAGCAAAUAACAGAGAAGCAGUCCCAGAACCAUGAAGCAUUUAAGAAUCUAUUAGAAAACCAAGACAAUAACUCAUACAUACUACUGGAUGAAUAUGUUGGUAGUUUAACAGAAAAAUUAAAAGAAUUACAAAAGUCAAAGCAUUUAUUUAUAUGUGACAUAAGUAAUAUACUGUGGAUAUAUCUACCACCAAUAAUCUUUAUACUUGGUAGUCUAGGCAAUGUCCUAUCUUUUGUUAUAUUACGGCAUCCAUCAACUGGCUCAGUGACAACAUUUGUUUAUCUAAUUGCACGUUCAAUUGUUGAUGAAAUGGUUCUGAUAGUUGGACUACUUCGUAGAUGGAUAGAUAAACUGAUUGACUCAGAACUGGCAAAUACGUCAAACUUCAUAUGUAAAAUGGUGCAUUUUUGGGGUACAUCGUCAAGUUUGUUAUCUGUGUGGUUAACGGUUACCUUAACUGCAGAACGAGCACUAGUUGUCAGUUUUCCACUUCAUGUUUCGCGUGUGAUCAGUUACUCUAGAGUCAGGAACGUGAUCAUUAUCAUGAGUAUUAUAUGUAUAGCGUUAAGUUCGCAUUUUUUCUUCACAGCAGGAAUUAUUUCAAACUGUACACUAGAUUAUCCACCAACAUUAUCCUCCACAUGGAAUAGAAGAAAUCAAAUGACAUAUUCAAACGAAACAAGUUCACUUCACUUUUUCAACUCACAAAACAAAUGUUUGAAUCACUGUGCAUUUUUACCGAAUUAUGAGGCAAUGAACUGGUACUGGUCAACAUUCGAUGCGAUUGCCUACUCUUAUUUACCAUUUUGUCUUAUAUUUGGAUUUAAUUUUGUCAUACUGAAAUCCGUUUAUCGUGCUAGUAAAGAAAGAAGCAUUUUACACGGACAUAAAUGUAGGCACAAAUAUAUGAAUCGUCAUAAUCCAUCGCCUACAGGCUCAGUGACAGCAUCAACUUCAUUUUCAGCGAGGAAACGUACACAGACAAAUGAGCCAAAUUAUAAUGUGAGGCAGCUAACAAUUGUUCUGCUCAUUAUAUCAUUUGCAUUUUUAUUUACAACCGUUUCAAUAGUUCUGAUUAAAAUUCUGGCACAAAUUUUGGAUUUACGUGGUACAAGUAAGAGAAUUGAACGCACAUAUAUGCUGUUAGCUGAUACUAUAGCAGAAUUAUUUAUGUAUAUUAAUCAUGCAAUGAAUUUCUACUUGUUUUGUGCCACAGGAAAAACAUUUCGUAAGCGUUUAGUACUAUUGUUUAGUCGACGUAGACAAACAAAGAUGAAGCGCAUUGACAAAACUAGGAACAACAAUAAUCACUUUAUAUGUGCUUUUUCUUCAUGUCUGUCAGUGCCAGGUGAGCGUUUUUACAGUAAUGAAACGAACUACAGAAAAAGUCACAAAAACCAAACUGGAGUCAUACAUCUUGAAAAUAGAAGUAACCAAAAUUGUCCUGAAAAUUUACUCACUCCUUCAGGUACAAAAAUAUACAAUACAUUAGAAUUAAUUAAGGUACCAGUUAAUGAAAACAAAAGUACCACAUGGGAGAGAUUAUCCUUUAAAUUUUGCACAUCGUUACGCAAUAACUCUAGUAACACAUCAUUACAAAAGAAUUACAAUGAUAUAGAAAAAUAUAAUUUAACAAGGAUGCCUAAAUCGAAGAGUUCGAUUUCUACUGUAAAUAAUAAUGAAUUAUCUCCAAAUAAUAUUUACCGUGUGAGUAUUGAGAAACACAAUUGCAAGCACCAAAAUAAUGACGAUAAACACCAGCGUCAUUAUCGUAGUGAAGAGUAUACUCCAGAGAAAUUAGGCAAACAGACAGAAUUAAUUUUAUCAUCUGAAGAAUGUUUAAAUACUGUAUAA